UAAGCCCCAUCACGGAUCAUAAACCCAAUCCACUUCCUCUUUUUCUGUCAAUACUUAUUUGAAACGACUUCGUUUUGAGAACGGUCAGCCCAUCACCGGCCCAUGAACUUCAUCUGGCUAUGAUGGUUCACUGAAGAGAGAGAGAGAGAGAGAGAGAGAGGGGGGAGUCAGUUUCCCGCCAGUUUCCCAGCUUUUUCUGAUGAGCAAAGAGUCUCCGGCGGAGGAUUCCCUAAAUCUGAUUCGCGGGAGGCUCUCCGAUCAUACUUUCAUCUUCAGACCACUUUCCGCUUCCUCAGACAGCAACUACAGCAAGUCCUCGCGGCUCUGGAAAAGCUGCUUUGUUGGUGAUUUACUGGAGGAGUAUCCUACUGAUUCAAUCACACUAAUCAGACUGAAUGGACUCUUGCAUAGUGAUGAUAAUUGUGCGUCUAAGGACGCUGACCAACUUCUGGAGAAAAGGGUGAGAUCUCGCUUUUCACACAGAAAAAUAUUGUUUCUUCCUCCAUCUAGAGAAGAAGUUGACAGUUUAUUGGAACACCUGCCAUCUCUACCAGCAGACUCAAGUUUCCCCAGUGGAUAUGUUUCUCAGUUCAAUGAAAAGAUUAAGAAUAUAACAUCAGACCCGAGAUUUAAAGACAUGCUGAGGACAUUUUUAAAUGCCAAUUCUACUGUCAACAGUUUGCUGAAGUUUAUAUUCCGUGCUGUUUCUUCAAUGAAUUUGGAAUCUGGCAUCCUCUCUCUUGAGACCUUCAAAGCAGCACUUUCAAGUAUGCAAAGGCAACCAAAGUUGGAAGCCGUUAGAGAUUGUUCCAUACUGGAGCUAUAUCUUUUGGUAUGCAUGAGGAGGUUAGAAGUGAAAGAGCAGAGCUUAUACAACUUCAUUAGUGUGAUGAAAGAGUAUAAGACGAUACAUGAUUCUUUUCAAACCUCGGAUCACUACGCGCAAAAUGUCUGCCUGCGGGCAUUUGAGCACCUGAGAGAGCGAGAAGUUAUAUGCUACGCAGAGAAUAGAGGACAGUCUCAGACAGGUGAAUACCGUCCCAUGAAGCUUUUAAUAUUAGCCUCUGAGCUUCAUCAGGGAAUGAGAUCUCAUGCGUGUUGCCCUGUAAGUCUCCAUUUUUGCAUCUAUGCUUGCUUUUAUUUUUGUAAACUGAUUUCAAACUUGGUGUUGGUGAUAUCUUCUUUGUUUUAUUUUGUUCCUUUGAUAUGUAAAACAAGUCUCUAAUGUCCCUGUGAAAUGUGUGUUAUUUCAUAGUGAAGCUGCAUUGUUAAGAACCUAUCUUUUCAGCUUUGCCUAUGCUGCCUUGCCACAUAUAAAUUUACACAUAUUAGAGGGAGACAGAGAGAGAGAGAGAGAGCUUGUUGUCAACAUAAAACUCAAAGUGGUCAACUUUAUCUAUUAUACACAAAGGUUGUCCGAGAAACAGAACGUAAUCUUCUCCUUAUGCCUGCGAGAUCUCCUGUCAAAGGGGUUAACCACUCAUCUUACAGACUGUACUUGCUGUGUUAACUAACCAAGUAGUUUGAAAUCUUGAGGAAAUAUAGAUUUAGAGUUUCUCACAUACAUAUCAUCGUCAUUUUGUGAGUUUCUUUCUCAUGGGUUUGAACAAAGACAAAACCAAAACAAAAACAAAAAAAA